AGAGAGCCCUUUUCUUUUCAUUUUGUUUAUGUUAAGUUUUCUGGAGCUACAACUCAAACACCCAUGAAAUUCGAUCGAUCCGUGAUAUUUCUCGACUUCUUGCUUUUUCGUUUUCACGAAAUAAGCAGUUGAACUCUCACUCUCUCAGGUUUUUCAUUUCAAGCGAAGAAAUGGCUGGUGCUGGAAGCAGUAGCAACAGGAGCUGGGCAGAUUUAGUGAAGGGUAAUAAUGGACCUCCAGAUCAUCCAACAAAGAGCUUUAAUGUAGACUUAGGAGAGAUUGGAGGAUGGAUAAAACUGUGCGAAGCACUAGCUUGGUGUGGAAAUUUGUUUGGUGAUAUAGAUUUUAUAGACACUGAAAAGCUUGAUUAUACUCUUGUGAGGGCUGUAACAAAGGAAAUGUGGAAGAAUGCCGAAUUAUAUGACGACCUGGCUGGAAAGGCCAAAGCACAACACCGAAUGAGUGAGUAUAACAAAUAUUCGGAGCUUGCAAAGAAACUUAGAAUUGGAGCACAAAAUCAACAAAAGAAAGACAGCAUACGUUUAUUUGAUAAACGACAGAAAGAAUGUAUGACUGUAUUUGAACUUAAUUGUCAUGAUCAGCACCAACCUGAUGCAUACAAUAUGCUUGUCAUACAUCUUUGGAUUGCUUCUCAAAUCAGAAGUAUACAAAAGCUUAAGUUGAUAACAGGUUAUGGGAAAACAACAGGAACGUGUGUCUUGCAACCAAUGUUUAUGAAAAUGCUCGACGAUAUAGGGAUUCAUUACAGCUUUGAAGAGAAUAACCCUGGUGUAUUGAUUAUUGAUGUUGAGGACAUAGGGACUAAUUUCAAAUUAGGUUAAUUUUCUGUUUUUUGUUUUUUGCCUUUUGUUUUUGCAACAAUCAUUUGGCUAUUCACUAGUAGUAUUAACAUCACAUGUGGUAUCAACCAUAGAACAUUGACUUUAACCUUUGCAACAUGCAUUUGGUGGAAAAUAUUUUUAUGUUUGAAAAAAAAUACUUAUUAAACAAUA